CCGCCUCCUCCUGUUUGGGGCCGCAGCAGCAAUAAGCCCGAGUCCGGGGCUGAGAAGCGGGCCCGCCACGCCAGGAGUUCGCGACGGAGCGGCUGCGCGGCCACGGAACCCCCGGCCUGGCCAUGGUGCUAUUGAGGGCCUCUCGUCCUGCCCGGUCCCCCGAGUGACGGAACUGCCCCUGCCGCCGGAGGAGGAAGGGAGCACGACAACCCCGCCAGCGCCACUCGAUUUGAAGGACCCACAACUCUGAGGACAUGAUGAUCGUAGUGACUGGAGUCAUGUCUGUGCCUGAGCUGGGCUCCCCAGCCAGCACUCCUGCUGCAGCCCCCAAUUUAUCCUGGAUGUCUGAGGUUGGCACUCCCACUGCUGUGGAGCAACCAAUAUUCCUAAUGACUACAGCUGCCCAGGCCAUCUCAGGUUUCUUCGUGUGGAGUGCUUUGCUUAUUACUUGCCAUCAGAUCUAUAUGCACCUUCGUUGCUACAGUUGCCCCAAUGAGCAACGCUAUAUUGUCCGGAUCCUCUUCAUUGUGCCCAUUUAUGCUGUCGACUCAUGGCUCAGCCUCCUUUUCUUCACCAAUGACCAGUACUAUGUUUACUUUGGCACAGUGCGGGAUUGCUAUGAAGCUUUUGUAAUCUAUAACUUCCUUAGCCUCUGCUAUGAGUACCUUGGCGGAGAGAGCUCCAUCAUGUCCGAGAUUAGAGGGAAGUCAAUUGAGUCCAGCUGUAUGUAUGGAACUUGUUGCUUAUGGGGAAAGACGUAUUCCAUUGGAUUUCUGAGAUUUUGUAAGCAGGCCACUCUGCAGUUCUGUGUGGUAAAACCCCUCAUGGCAAUUAUUACAGUCAUCCUCCAGGCAUUUGGCAAGUACCAGGAUGGGGACUUCGAUGUCACCAAUGGGUAUCUCUAUGUGACGAUAAUUUACAAUAUUUCUGUCAGCCUGGCCCUCUAUGCCUUAUUCCUCUUUUACUUUGCCACACGUGAACUUCUCAGUCCCUACAGCCCUGUCCUGAAAUUCUUCAUGGUCAAGUCUGUCAUUUUCCUGUCGUUCUGGCAAGGGAUGCUGUUGGCCAUUCUGGAGAAGUGUGGUGCAAUCCCAAAGAUCAACUCAGCCAAUGUAUCUGUGGGUAAGGGGACCGUGGCUGCUGGCUACCAGGAUUUCAUCAUCUGCGUGGAAAUGUUCUUUGCAGCCAUUGCUCUGCGCCAUGCGUUCACAUACAAGGUCUAUGCAGACAAGCGUCUUGAUGCGCAAGCUGUUCCAUCAUAUGGGCCAUAUGGCCGCUGUGCCCCUAUGAAGAGCAUCUCUAGCAGCCUUAAGGAGACCAUGAACCCCCAUGACAUUGUGCAGGAUGCCAUCCAUAAUUUCUCCCCUGCCUACCAGCAGUACACUCAGCAGUCAACCCUAGAACAUGGACCACCUUGGCGUAAUGGCAGUCACAUGAUCUCACACUCCCACAGCAGCUCUGGUGCUCGUGACAAUGAGAAGACCCUACUCCUCAGCUCAGAUGAUGAGUUCUAAGCAGAUGAUGAAGCAGGGCCCAGCCUGGAACUUUCUCUUUAUUUAUUGAACCAGAAACACAGGUCAUAUCCCUUUUUUAAUAUGGUGCUCAAGUCAGGAAUGGGCACUUCCUGUUGCCAAUUGUGAGCAUGGACCAUUGUGACUAAUGCAGGUGGUUUGGAUUGUCUUUUCCUAGUUUCUUCUUGAAAGGCUUAACUUGGAGUAGAUUUCACUUAAUAAGGAACACUAAAUUCACCUGGCAUAGAAUACAACAAAGAUCUGGGACCACACUUUCUGUAUGCUGGGUUUCUGCUGUUGUUAAUGGGGGAGGCA